AUGUCUCACGGUUCCUAUUCCUCGCAAUCCGCUUCCAUCAUGACCGAAGACGAGGAGGACUGGGAGGACUACGUUAAGGGAGGCUAUCAUCCGGUCAAGAUUGGCGACACAUUUUCCGACGGCCGCUACACCGUCGUAAGGAAGCUGGGUUGGGGUCAUUUUUCGACCGUGUGGCUCGCGAAGGAUGAAAGAAUGAAUCGACACGUUGCGCUCAAGGUCGUAAAGUCUGCCCCACGUUACACCGAGACAGCACUGGACGAGAUCAAACUUUUGCAACGGCUGAUCACCUCGUCGACACCGCCUGUUGCGCCCACGCACACGAAUCCGAAUCCGCCGCCCUCACCCGCGCACACACAUCCCGGCCGCUCCCAUGUCAUCUCCUUCCUCGACCACUUCCGCCACAAAGGACCCAAUGGCAUCCAUGUCUGCAUGGUCUUUGAGGUCCUGGGCGAGAAUCUCCUAGGCCUCAUCAAACGCCAUCAGAACAAGGGCGUCCCGAUGCACCUCGUAAAGCAAAUCGCAAAGCAAAUUCUGUUGGGAUUGGACUACAUGCACCGGUGUUGUGGUGUCAUCCAUACCGAUCUGAAACCCGAGAAUGUCCUUGUUUGCAUCGACGACGUCGAAUCUAUCAUCCAAACCGAGCUCGCAGCGUCGUCCGCCAGCGCCAGCUCACCGCCCAUGCGGCUCGUCGGCGUGCCCCCUUCCAAAGGCCGCGGUGGGAACCAGACCCCCCGAUCCGAGUCCAUCUUCAUCACGGGAUCGCAGCCACUGCCAUCCCCCUCGUCCUCCUUCGGCAGCAGCCCGAUGCUCGACAAGUGGGCGUUCGGAAUGAGCAAGAUCGAUGGCGACGAGGCGAAAGCCCCUCGAGCGACCUCGUCGGACCUUGCAGCAGAGGUUGGAAACGUAUCUCUGGAUACUCGCGCUGCCUCGUACGUCGGAAGAGUUCCGCCACAGCAACAAGGACCUUCACUGCUUUCAGCUACGAAACCAAUGCAAGUUCCUCAAAGCGGCAGGUCCGCCCAAGUUGGCGAAGUGUCAAGUUCGGUGAUGUCGAUCGAUCGUCAAUCCGACGAAUCUUCGUCCAGUUUGCUCGACGUCCCAGUCGAGAAAAUUACCGUCAAGAUCGCAGAUCUGGGAAACGCCACGUGGAUCGAGCAUCAUUUUACAGACGACAUCCAGACGAGGCAAUACCGGUGUCCGGAAGUCAUCCUAGGCGCGAAGUGGGGAACAAGUUCGGAUUUGUGGAGUGUGGCUUGCAUAUUGUUCGAGCUAAUCACCGGAGGCGACUACCUUUUCGACCCGGCGUCGGGAUCAAGAUACAGCAAGGACGAUGAUCAUAUCGCUCAGAUAAUCGAGCUCCUAGGCGAAAUUCCGAAGAGUAUCGCGUUUUCGGGCAAGUACUCGCACGAGUUUUUCAAUCGGAAAGGCGAACUGCGGCACAUCACGAAACUGCGUUACUGGCCACUCGAGGCCGUUCUCCACGACAAAUACCUUUUCCCGAAACCCGAAGCGGAUGCGCUGGCAGCAUUCCUCAACCCUAUGCUUCGCCUCCACCCCGACAAACGAGCCAAGGCCGGCGAGCUGACGCAUCACAACUGGCUGGAGGGCAUAGUCGUCCAGGGCGAGAUCGACGUGAUACGGCGGAUGGAGAAGGAGGAUGAGGCGAGGCGGAAAGCUGCGCUAGGGCCCCAGGAGGAGGGCUCGCGGUCGAGGUCGAGGUCGAGUGGGGCUGAGAGGGAGCGGAAACGGAUAUCGGCACAGGAACAGAGCGAGCGGGACGCGAUGAAGCCUGUCGAUGAAAGCGUCUUGAACGGCGAGGACGCUGAUGAUGUCGUUGCUGGCUCGCCCGUCGUACCGCACCCUUCACAUCCUGUUCAACAUCCAGCGCCGCUCUUGAGCGCGCCGCCGCCACCGAGUCAGCACCAUCAACAACCGCAUGGCCUACAGCAACGCCCGCUUUCGGGUCUCGCACAAGCACUACAAUCUAAUCCUGAGCCACCACCGAGACAGGUUUCGGCGGGCAAGGGCUCUGGGUCGGGCUCUAAGCGGCGGACGUGA